CUGCUGUAGCUGCUUAUUGCUGCGCUCCCAGGGGCUGAACUGGAGAUCAUAGGAAGCUAAUUGGAAGCUAAUAUAUCUCGUGGUCUUAUAAUGGAUGAAAUAUUACAGCUCGGUGUUGCAGUUCUUCUGAUCAGUAAAUUCAGACCGGUGGAUUUGGUUGCUCACUUAAAACCUUCCAGCUGACAUUAAAUACUCAUAUAAUCUCUGCUCUAUGUGUGUGUAAGUUUGAGAUUUUUUUGUGUAUACUUGGUGUGUUUGCAAACAGGUCAAUGUCACUCUAAGCCCUGAGUGUGUCACAGCCAGUGUCAGGCCUCACAGCGUGAUCCGAGCACUCAGAAGAGCUUAAGAGGACUGACCGACCCGUCACCCGCUCCUUCUGCCUCCCUCAGGUCAAAGGCCAGCCGGCCCCAUCGAUUCCCCUGCCAUGAAGAAGUAUUUAGCCCCGCUCUGCUACUGCUCGCCCCUCUCCAGCCCACAUGAUCACCGCGGCCCCUGAAGGCCCCUCAAUUGUGUUCCGCGUGCCGAUCGAUCCGGUUGGUGUCCGGGGGGGGCCUUCCUCAGAGAUAACUGACAACUACAAAGGUCCCCUCCUGACAGGCUCGUGUCAAUACAAAUUUCCACUAUUGAUAAGUAAUUAAAGAAAGCCUGGACAUAAGGGGGUUUGCUCUCUGAAACAUCUGUUAAACAGGAGACAUUAACAAAAACGUCUCGGUGACAAAAAAAAGAAGACAAUGAGAAAAAAAGAGGAACAUUAAACGCCCCUCCACCCUCACUUACAUCAGCUGUCUCCUAGUCUCCACCCACACUGCUAUCACUUCAUACACUUCACAACAACAGGUGCAUCAAGUCCACAGCCAGUGUCAUUCUUUUUUCAUAUUUUAAACUACUACAAAACAGAAAACUAGGGGAUACUUUUACAUAUAUUCACGGUUUUGAUCAUUUUUGAGGAAAUAGAUAUUUUCCUCGUUUGUUUUAUGUGAUCUAAAACUGGAUUGAAAUGUAAUGGCAAGCUGUGUUUAUCCUUCCUCCUGUGUUAGCUCACCCAGCAUGUUUAGGGUCGGUUUUGACCCGUGUCCUAAAUCUGCUGUAAGUUACACUAAAAACAAUUCUCUAUCAUUCAAUUUUGUUCUAAUCUCUCGGUAACCUUGUUAGGCUUCAUUAUCCAUGAAAAUAUUGCUUAUAAUAGUUUCUUUUUCAGUAUACCCCAAAAUGAGAAUUUCCUAAAUCUCACAUGAUUGGAAGAGGAUCUGACUGUCAGUGUGGUGCAGGACAGUGCACCUAUGAUUUCAGUUUUUGCUCUAAUUAUUGGAUAUUGAUCUAACCGGGUCAACAGCAACCCUAACACCACAAGUGCCAUAAUUUUAAUAAGAGCAUUUUAUAAUUUAGUCAAUUUAAUUUUUAAUUUUUUUAUUUUAUUGAAAUAGAGGUUCCUGACAAAGUCAAAAAGUCUUGAUGCAAAAAAGCUAAUUUAAGUGGUUCUUUCAAGCAUUUAAAAAUCAAAAACGGGUCGCUGCAGACCUUAACACAGGAGGAGGGUUGAAUAAUAACGGCACCCUUGGCACAAAAGUUCUGAUCAAUACAAUAUGUCUCCAGCAGAACUUUGAGGAUUAUAUUAUGAAAUCCUCAGUUUUCGGUGUCUCUUUGGUGCUCUGUAAACAUGAGGCCGUUGCAAAAACCUGUUCCUUAACAGUCAAAAUAAAGAUGAGAGGGUAAAAAAGUCAAGGUGGAAAACCUGCGAAGGAGGAAGCCUGAAAAAUACUCUCUGGAAAGGCUUCUGUAGAGAACUUUUGGUAUGAGUCAGAUUUGGCAACCCCUGUGGACAAAGCCGUCUUUGCUUAUUUUUGCUCUUCAUUUAGUGUCUCCUGACAAUAAAAAUCUGGUCCUGCUGACUUUUCACAGUCAAAUGUUUCAUUCAUUGUGAUUUUUUGUUGUUGUUUUUGUUUGAUUUUUAAAUGGAAAUUGUAAAAACAGGACUGUUUCUUCAGCUGCUUGGCUGACAUUUACCCCCUCGCACCAGUUUCAGGUGUUAAAAUUGCAACACAAAAUCGUCAUUUUUGUUGGAGAUGGUUUUGCUUUUGUAUGUCGUAAGAAGGCAUUAAUGUGAAUUUCAGACUAUUUCAUUAAUGUUAAAAAAAAACAACAUAGGAGCUUUAAAUGAAGCCUAAAUGCAAUAAAGAAUAAUUGUCUUGACGGUGACCUUUCACAUCCUCAUUUUCCUACUGUCAGUGAGGUCUGUUUAACUCCCUUUGCUGUGUAUGUUAAACCUGCAUGUAGUGUCACCUGCUCGCUGCAGAGAGUUGUCAGAGUUGUGACUUUGCUUUUUACCUUCUAUUCACUGUAAUCCAUGCAUGUGAGAGAGGAUCCCCUUAAGAGCAGGAUAACUCCUUUUAAGAGGUUUUUCAUCACUACAGGAGGGACUCAAAUCCACUAACUUCUCAUUUACCUCUGCAGCAAAGCCUUAAAUGCAGACUCUCCCACUGUGGUGAUUAAACCUGCUGCAGUGAGGCAUGAGGGAGUGUGAUGCUGCUGGUGAUGUUUUGGGUUUGCUGGUUGUUAUAAGAGUUUGAAGGAUAAGUUUUGGAUGCUUCGAAGUGAACCCUGGUCAUCUUGAUAGGUGGGAGGUGAACUGGGCCGGGGGAGUAAGGGACAUGAUCCAGUGGGUGAGGAGGAGGAGAAGGAGGCGAUCUUGAGCUAGUGAGAGAGUGAGUAUUGGCGGCCCCGGGAUGGGGAGGGUCACACACAACCACACUCUUUGUGUGCCUCUAAUCCCCCCAGCCAACACAGCUUUGGCCAGGUUUCAUCAUGAAAGUGCCAUGAAAUAACUACUUUUUUUUCUCUCCUCGCAGUAAAUCUCCCCUAAUCCUGCAGGCUGCGGAGACAAAGGCCUCUGGGACCUAAUCCUAGUGCUUUUAGUGGGGCUGAGGGGCAGGCCGACAGAGCCUCUUCUAAAUGACUUAUUUCUAUCGGACACUAAUAUAGCUUGACAGCCAAGAACGGCGAAAGGAGAAGGAAAAAAGCACGGGGAGAAAAGAGCACAAACAUUUUCACAUAUUUUGGAAGUCCGAGCAGUUGUUUGUGAAAGUACACGGUGAACUAUGGUUAUUUGUUCACUUCAUUAAAGUACAGAAAAACUAAGACAACUCACAUGGAUAUCUGGGAAUACUAAUGAAAACCUUGGCUAUGUCUGUUUGUGCUGCUGGUCUGGGUGGAGGAAUGUACCUGUAGCAUUUCAUUUUGCACCUGUGGACGAAGGGGUGUUUGUUUGUUUUAAUCUGUUGCUCAUCUUGUCCGGUACACACCCAAAUACUGAUGUUUAUCAUCUCUCUUGAGCCUUACAUAUUGAGAAAUAAUCACUUUUUGUUCCUGAUUGCCUUGUUUUCUUUUGUAGGUGAUAAAUCAGUGUAAGUUUCAAUCUGUCAGAUGACCAGUGAAAAACAAAUCCUCAGUGGAGCUUUAAGAAAACACAAAAACAAACCCCAUUUUAAAGCUUCUGUAAGGAACUUUUGGUUUUCAUUGAUUUUGGGAAACCCUCCAAACAAAACUUAACCUCUAAGUCUUUGACAAGUUUGUCAUGUGCAUUUUAAUAUGUGUGUUUUUUAAAAUGGAAAAUCUCUUACUGAAAAUCUUAGCCAGUUCUUUUUAUACAUUGAUUUAAUAGAUCUAAAUUCACAUUGAGGCCUUUUUAUGAUCAGAAAAAUAAUAGAAGAUCCUCAGCGACAAGGUUUUGGGUUUUUACAUUGUAAUUUUGAACACCUGAAAGUAGGACUCAUGAAGUUUCACUGCCAGUUCACUGGGUGCCAAACUUUUUUUGUGACAAAUAAGUUCAGGUGACAUUAAAAUAACUAUAUUAGCGGAUCAGAGGCACGGUUGACUUGACUGACAGGCUGGUUCACUUUAGCCAUUUGCAAGGAGGAUUUAAGUCCGCCUCUGGUAGGUUGGCUGAAAGUUUAGUUGGGUCAGAUAUACCAGUAUGGCCACCGCCACUGAUAAACUUCAAAACUGACCUCUAGGGGGAAUCUCAGUGGAUUCGCUCUUGUAAUAAUUCAUCUCAAAAGAUUGUAAAGGUCAGUAGAAACAUGGUAAACCAAUAAGAAAAGAUUACAAACAUGUGUCUUUGCAUUCCAACAUUGAUUUAUUUAUCGCCAGUGUACGAGAAUACAGUCUGUAACCUAUAAGAGACAGGAAGCUGUUUCCAUAUAUCAAGGAAAGUUACACUUGAACAAUGCCCAGAUCUUAAACACAGACUCAUCCGCUGCUAUUAAAAUACAUAAAUGAAUAACAAUAAAUAAACAAAUAAGCAAAAAACUGAGAUACAACGCCUAUAAAACUCAGUUAAAGCUCCUUUGACAAACUGUAACCCUCUGUGGACAAGGCAAAACCUCAGAUCUUUAAGCUCUCCUUCUGUUUGUGUUGUUAAGCAUCUGUUGGGAAAAAGUGAAUAGAAACUUAUUCCUGUAGCAUCUAUUUGUGGCGCCUAGCCUGUAACAGUGAUUUCAGACAUUAAAAUAACCAUUCAGGAGUCAUUAAUCAGGAAAAUUAUGGUUCUGAUUUUGCUUUUUCAGGUCAUAAAGCAUAAAUGUUCAUUUUUGUCUGUUUUAUAACCAACUUAACAAACUUCUUACAGGAGCAAUAAGUUUUUUAAGACCAUAAAUGACCAUUUUAGUGCCACUUUAUAACUUUAUUACACAGUUCUAAGUUGAUUGAAGAGUUUUAUGUCAUGUCUUUGUAAUCAACAACCAUAACUACACUUGUGGAGGUCAUAAAACCAACUCUACAUUAUUAAUAUAAUUCAAACUCUUUAGGUAACAGGGUACAAUCAGGUUAUAAAGAGUUACAGAAUUUUUAGGCAAGAUCAGCAUAAUUAUAAAGCUUGUGUAGCAAAACAAAACCAUCAUACCACAAGUGGCAUAAAAUGGAUAUUCUUGGCCCAUAAACAUUUACCAAAAAUGAAUUUAUUUGAGUGAAAAUCCUCAAAUGUAUAAAGAAGCUUUGAUUUUGUUGAUAGUUGAUGUUUUCCUUGAUUCUGUUCCUGGGAACACUUCAAAUUGAGCUAAGAAGGAUCUUAAUCCAGAAAUGAUCCUCAUUGAGUGGAGUUCAGAUUAACUUCACACAGUGACAGUUUAUAGGCAAAAUAUGGUGCCUGUUAGCAAAACAAACCCCCAGAGAAAAGCCCCUGUGAGGGGGGGCUGUCAGAUUCAGCGGUCUGGGAGAAAGAGGGGCUGAGAAGGAGAGCACAAUCAAAGGCUGUUAUUUUAAUCUGUGCUGCCUCGGAGAUUAGCCCUCCACAUUGUUUUAAUUGUUUUAACGGGAGGGAAUGAAACGCUCGCUUAUAGGGGGAUCCUUGGCAUAAAUCUCUCAAGUUCAAUAGUUUCAAAAACUUGAGCCCCUUGCAACCCCCCUCUCUUCCCUCAUCCCACCUAAUCCCAGCUAAUACCUUUCUUUCUAUUGGCUAAUGGCUGAUGGGAGCCUGGGUAAAUGCUUCUUAAAUAGUCGUGGGUGAGAAUGGUUUCGGAGAAUUAGAUCUGUGCCACGACAAACAUACGCUCAAGUGCGAGAGGGGAUCGAGUUAAGGCUUCAAACUGGACUAAGAGACACUGGAUUUACACUUUUACAAGAUCUUUGCUGUGCGUAAAAACGCAUCCGGAUUUCACUCCACUGCUUCGAGCCCGGAUCUCAGGUAAACAGUCGAGGGACGCUAAAAGGAAAAAAAAAAGGAAAAAAAAAAAAAGUGUCGUGUGGAUAAAUUAAAAUCUCGUUUGGAGUUUAGGUGUCUUGCUCAGAAUACUGCUUUGAUGGCUAUGAGAUGGAUGCAAAGUAUAUGACAAUUUAAUUGUUGUGCGUAAUAUAUAUGAAUUUUGAGACAAUGUUUUUUUUUCGCAACUGGAACAUGAUAAACUGCGAAGAUUUCAAUGUAAUUUUAUUAAGUGUAUGGAUGCAAAUAAUGAUGAUAUUCUAGCCCCUCAAAAAUGUUAAGCCCCCUCGACCUUGAUCUAUGUGAUCCUGUAUAAAAUAAUAAACAUCUUUCGGUGCGUAAAACUGGCCUUUCUUUUCCCUUUACUUCAGCAUGAACUCAUUGAAUUUCUGCGGACCGUCCAGCGGUGGUGUGUAUCCUCUUCACGGAGCAAACUCCAUGCUGUUGGAGCUGCACCAGCAGAUGGCGGAGCAGUACCACGUUUACUCUGCAGCCAGCCCUGCAGUGCACACCCUCUCUGUGGCUGAGAGGCUGGCAGGUGGGUCACCACGGUCCAGACAGAUUCAACUCCUCCAGUUUUCCAUUUUAAGUGAUGUAAUCUAUAAGAAAAUAUUAGUAAUUCCUAGCUGAUAAUCAAAAUACGAGUAAGAAUUAGAUUAGAUGAAAUACAUUGCUUUGGGUGUUCUUGUUAUAAAAAGCCCUGAUUUCAGUAAUAUUAUUGUUGUUGUUGUUGUUGUUAUUAUUAAUAGCAUUAGUAUUUCUGUUGUUAUGCCCAAUAUUCUACCCAUACUUAUGAUGCACAGUUUUUUUACAUUAUGUUUAAAGCUCCUGUGGGGAGUAUUUUUUAUGUUUAUGAGAUAGACUGAAAUCCAUAUUGAGGCCUUUUUAUGGAAUAUGAAAACAAAUGGGACCAUCAAGAACAAGAUUGAUGAGUUUUUUUAAUUGUAUUUUUUAAUGUCUGAAACCCCCGGGAGAGGAUAGGUGUUAGCCAAGCAGCUGGAAAAACUGCCCUGCAUUUACAUUUUCACAUAAAAUGUUCACAAUAAAUGAUACAUUUGACCUUCAAAAGUCAGUAUGAAGUAGAACACUACUUAAGGACAGAAGACAAGAUAAGCUAAGGGUUCUUUGUCCACAGGGGGCGCCAAAAUGAAAACAAACCUGAAGUUACUUACAGGAGCUUUAAUAAACUUUUACUUCUGAGUAACAGUUUAGAUUGACUUUACAAAGUGUUAUCAACAAAUGUACUCAUUAUAAUUAUUACUGUUAAUUACUAUUACAAGUCAUAGCACUGAAAUGUAUUGAUUAUUGGUCCAGGGGAAACUUUCCUCAUGAAGACUCUUUCAAAGUAAAAGUAUCAAUUUUUAACACAUAUUUCAGCUCCUAGAUGAACUAACUGAACUAAGUGUAACUCAUCUAUGCAUUAAAAUAUAUAUAUGUAUUUUUCCAAAAUACAUAGCCUACUCAAUUUAACAUAUAAUAAGACAUAUUUCAAGUCAUCCUAUAACACAGCAAAUCACAGUGUAAAUUUCCUGCAGGUGGAGACUUCAUUCACAGUGGUUUUUUGUGUCCCUCCCUCCUGACAGAGCUGAUUCUAGAGGCUCGGUAUGGAAACCAGCAGAAGCAGCGUCGCAGCCGCACAGCGUUCACGGUGUCCCAGCUGCAGGCUCUGGAGAAAGCCUUCCAGCAGACGCAGUAUCCAGACGUCAGUAUGAGAGAGAGGCUGGCUGUGUGCAUCAACCUGCCUGAGGCUCGAAUACAGGUGAGAAAGCACGGAAUCCAAGCGUUUGACUGAGAACAUGUUGUAACCAAUACUUUAUUUUUGUUGUUUCUAGAUGGGGAGCUUGUAAAAACCCUAAUUACUUUCUUUAAGGACACAGACUGCUUGUUUUGUUGAAGUAAAGUAAUGUAUGUGUAUGUGUGCAUGGACAGAUUUGAUGUUCAGUUAUCUGUAGAUGUGGUUACGCCAUUUAAAUGUUAAGUUUUGUGUACCAUGUUAUUUUAUUUUCAUAUCUAUGUACUCCACACUUUGUUCCUGUAAUUCUGUAUUUUUCUCUUGUGUACCUGGUGUAUGUCCCAUCAGACCAAAUUAUUUUACUUAAAAUAAAAUCUGAAUCUCAUCUACCUCUGCUGUCUGUCCUCUAGGUGUGGUUCAAGAACAGAAGAGCAAAAUUUCGUAAAGGUCAGAGGUGCUCCCCGCUCUACAAAGAUCACUGUGUCGAGGAGGCAUCACAUCACAGCAAGGUGGGACCUGAAGAGAGGACCGAGGACAAACAGGACAUUAGCCCAUCAUCGUCUGAAAGCAACAUCCCUCCUCCCCACUCUCCUCCUCCUCCUCCCCUUCCUCCUCAUGUGAAUAAAACUCAGGACAUUUUCCCCUCUCUGGCUCCUUCAGACUCUGACGUCUCACAUUUCCCCCUCCAACUCAGCCCCCCUCCACUUUUCCCCUUCAUAGCAGGGGAGCGAUACAGCUACCCUCAGCGGCCGGUGGUAGGUGUUCUGUCCACUGAGCUGGCCCUCCCCCCGGUGUUCUGGCCCAUCAUUCAGCAGCACAGCUCCAGCCUGGGGGUUCCUGCAACAUCAGUUAGUAAAAACUGCAUCUUCCCCCUUCAGACUGCAUGUUCCGGUAAAGCUGUGCCUCACCCUCACCCGGGGCUGUAAUUGGAGACCUGCAUGGUCCAGGAUCUCUGCAGCCUGUGGACUCAGACCUGAAGCAUUCCUGCUGUUAAGGACAAGACAGGGUGACAACGUGGAGAGCACUUACUGUGAACCUGAAUUUGGACAGAAUAUGUUUUUGUAUCCAGAGAGCUUUGUAAUGCCUGUCUGUUCAAAAAGAAAAGAAGCUGUACAGUCAUGCACCUUUAGUAUGUUUUUAGUACACAAAGACUCAUAUGGGUCUGCUUCUAUAACAUCUUCAGGUUGGUUUCAAUUACAGAACAAUGAGCUGUUUACUCCAUAACGUAAAUAAAAGGUGUGCAAACAUCCCUCUUAAGGGACAGGUCUCCUGCAGCAUCAUUAAAACAGCUCCACAGUAAAGUGGAUAAACUGUAAUAACAACGGAAAAAAGCCUUUUUUUGGUGGUUAUGAAGCUGUGCAACUGAAAAAUGUGGAAUAAAAACAUUUUCACUGAGUCCUCUGUUGUUGUUUUUUUGUCUUUUGUCUUAAAAUGCAUUUUGGGACAAACUAUGACUUUACAAGAAAACAAUGCAGAACAAAAACACAGACAGACAGACAGAUAGGUAGGUAAAGCGUUUAAUUUUUUCAUUUUUAACAGUCAUAUUUUCAGUUCCUUGUCAAAUAAAUAUAUCACAAAAUCGCCUCAAUCCCUUUUUUGCGACCUAUAGUUUUUCUCUGUAUGGUUAUAUUAAAUAUCAAGUAUUUAAUCCCUUUGACUCGUAGUUAAGUUAAUGACUGUCACUUAAUUAAAAGUAAAUAAUUUUCUCUCAGCUUGGCUCAACAUUUUGACCCCUGAACAACGAAAAACUGAAAUGAGGGGCUUAGAGAAACAGCAAAUACUCACCUCUGACGAGCAAAAGCUAGCUCAUCCUUGGCCCUUUUCCCUCUUAAUGUGAUCGAAACAACAUUUAAAACUGUGGGCCAUUACUUUUCUCUCAAUCAGCCUGAGUUCAUGGUUAAAUGACUUCUCUAUUUGUCUGUGUUUUUUUCUGAAUUGUCACUUUUGAUGACUGAUAAUGAGGAUUUGAAACCACAGUAGCUAACAAAUCCAUCAGCCAAAUCAUGAUAAAACCUGGAGUGUCAUCUUUUAAAAAAUAUUUUGUUUACGGUUUUAGAUUUCACACUGAUGAAAUAGAGAUAAGAGGAAUACAACAACAUGAUUAUCAGUACAAAAAGGGUGCCAACAAUAAUUAAAGAGGAAAAUAGAAAUACAAAAAGGGCUGCGAGUUUAUGAAGUUACUGAUUUAAGGAUAUGCACUGGAAAAUGUCUCAGGUUGAGCACUAGACCCACUUCAGAUAAAGCCGCUGUGGAUGAGGCCAAGAUAGGUCCCCAUAGUCUCUCAAAUUUGCUUAACAACCACCAUUCCCAAGUGAAGGGCCAACUGCAUGUUGUAUGACAGGUCAAAUGUCUCUUUAGAGCAUCCAAAGAUAGUCAGGAUUCAAUAGAGGAAACAUAAUCCAGAGAAAACCAGAAAAGAUGUACAGGUUAACCCUCAGUAGAGCGACACCUGUUGGAUUUUAAAGUUGCUGAUGGAAAGACGCAGUGAAGGUUUGUUAUUGAAUGACAGUCUGUGCAUUACCUUGUACUGGUUUAACCUGCGGCGUGAUUAAUGGAACAACAAUGAGCCCCUGACAGCGCCUCUUCCCAGAACGCUACAGAUAUUUUUGUGUUUAAUCCACCAGUACAGGCCUCGCUGAUGUGAUCUAAAGACACUGGAACCAUACAGCUCACCACACCUGAGGAGAUUUUUCAGGGAAUGUAGCUUCCCCUACAGGCAAAGUUAAGUGACGUAGGCCUAUGUCUUUGCUGAUCUUGUUUUGUGCAUUUGUGUGUUUUGGUUUCUAAUGUCAAGUCUAAAUCUUCCUCAUUUCAGAGGUGUUACAACUUAUUGUCAGCCCUUGGUGGGAAAACGUUUUCUCUGCCUCAGCGCCACCUCUUUGGUUUGGGUAAUUACUGUAAAGAUAUAGUCAUACUUUUUUGUGGUGGUCUGAUUUGCAUUUGUCAGUCAUAAAGGGCUAUUAUAGCUAAUUAUGGUUAAUUUAUCACCGUCCAAAUGAAAAAUCAUUGUACAAUCCACCUUCAUGUCUGUCCUUGAUUAUGGUUGACAUCUUGUAAUGCCAUGCAGCACCAUCAACUCUUCAGCAGUUAAAUCCUGUGUAUUAUAGUGCACUACGUUUCAUCACUAACGACAUAUUUCGCACUCAUCACUGUUCCCUCUAUCAAAAGGUUGGCUGGACUUCUUUCAUAUAAACCUAGUAGCUACAGAACACGAUCCAGUAACUAUCUACCCUUAGAUAUUCCAUAUAUCCGCACUAAUAUUGGCAGAACUGGUUUCAACUACUAUGCCCCCUUUAAAUGGAAUGAGCUGCAAACCGCUCUUAAACUGGAGUCUUUCAUUCAUCUGUAGUAAGAUGCUGCAGAUGUUUUAUCAGUCUGUGGUGGCAAGUGUUCUGUUCUACGCUGCAGUCUCCUGGAGAGGAAGCACCAAACACAAAGAUGCAAGACGUCUUAACAAACUGGUGAAAAAGGCUGGCUCUGUGGUUGGACUCAAGCUGGACUCAGUGGAGGAUGUGGUGGAGAGAUCUACACUGAGGAAGGUGGAGACAAUUCUAAAGAACAUGGAUCACCCACUUCACAACACCUUGAUGGACCAAAGGACAAAUGGUGGUGGACGGCUCCUCUCUCUUCGCUGACGGACAGAAAAAUUCAGAAGAUCUUUUUUACCAACAGCCAUUAGACUUUAUAACUCUUGUGUAAAUAGUAGAUAACUUUUAGAGACAUAUAUUGUGAGACAACAGACAAUUGAAUUCCCCUCAGGGAUUAAUAAAGUUAUUCUUAUUCUUAUUUUCUUAUUCAUCUUGGAGAUUUUAACUACCUGUUGUCUGAUGUUUACAAUAAUCGCUGUAACUGUUUUAACUGAUUCCCUUUUAACCUAUUGUUUGUUUGUUGUGUUGUGUGUUUAUUGUGAAUGUUCCUUGUUCUCAGGCCUCUCUUGUAAAAGAGAUCUUGAUCUCAAUUAGACUGCCUGAUAAAAUAAAGAUAAAAUAAAAAAGAUAAAAAUUCUAGGUUGCUUUCAUAAAUGAAAAAUCCUCAUAGGAGCUGAAAACUGAAGAGAAUGCAAAAGCUAUCAAAACAGAUAAGCAUGAUUUAUGUAGACUAAAAAUGACUCUAGGCUAUCACACCUGAUGGAUACACCUGUAGCAUGAAAACAGGUUUAGAGGAAACUAUUUGGGUAAAUAAUCACCUAUCACCAAGGCAGCAUGGGAUCCGAAUUUUGCUGCACUAAUGUCCAGAGCCUCCAAAGUUUGUAUGCCUUCAUAUGAGCCCAGCUCCGUCGUAUCAAAAGUGAAAAAUGUUGAGCCAAAUAGACCAGUUUGAAGCAGUCAUGAGCUGCGCAGUUCUCUGACGUUCUGCCUUAUUCCCCAAAACUAGGUGCGC